AUGGCGAUCAAUAUCAACCGCAACGUGCUCGAUCCCUUUUAUCGUUACAAAAUGCCCCGUCUACAAGCCAAGGUCGAAGGCAAAGGCAACGGAAUCAAAACAGUCAUUGCAAACAUGACCGAGAUUGCCAAAGCCCUUGAGCGUCCACCAACUUACCCAACCAAAUAUUUUGGGUGCGAAUUGGGUGCGCAAACCAAUUUCGAUAUGAAAAAUGAACGUUUUAUCGUUAAUGGCGAACAUGACGCGGCCAAACUGCAAGAUAUUCUCGAUGGCUUUAUCAGGAAGUUUGUGUUGUGUGCAGCUUGUGAAAAUCCUGAAACCACUUUGGUUGUAAAGAAGGGCCAGAUCCAUAGUAAAUGCAAAGCUUGUGGAAAUACCUCAAUUAUUGAUCCCAAGCAUAAGCUGUCGACGUUUAUCAUGAAAAAUCCACCGAAAGUGGAUGAGAAGGAAAAGAAAGAAGGUGGUAAUGGUGGUUCGACAGAAAAUUCGGUAAUAGAUGGAGAAAUCGCUAGUGAUAAAGAUUUGAAUGGAAGUGCAUCGGAUAAUGUUGAUGACGAUUGGGCAGAGCCAAUUGAUGAUCCAGUUGGAGGAGUUUCUGCUCAAAUUGGCAAACUGAUAAUUAGCAAAGAUCUCGACAAACCUAUCGAGGAGCGGCUUGAUAUGCUUCACCAGUAUUUCCUGAAAGCUAAAGCCGAUGGCACUUUUCAGAAUAGUAAAAAAUUGCUAGAUGAGGCUGAAAGACUGGAGCUGAAAUCAAAGGCCACCCUUUUGUUGGCCGAUGUUUUAUUUGAUACAAACGUCGUUAGUCAAAUUCUGGAAUAUCGGAACAUCCUUCUUCGUUUUACUGUUAACGACCACAAGGCGCAGCGUCAUCUUCUAGGUGGCAUUGAACAACUUAUUUCGAAAUAUUUCGACACUUUGUUUCCAAAAUCAGCCCACAUCAUUAAAGCGCUUUAUGACACCGAUGUAGUGGAAGAGGAAGUUCUUCUUGCCUGGGGUGAAAAGCCGAGCAAGAAAUACGUUAAGAAGAAACUCUGUGCUGAGAUAAUCAAUAAGGCGCAACCUGUUUUGGACUGGUUGAAAAAUGCAGAGGAAGAUGAAAGCGACAAUGAGGACGAUGAAGACGGUGCUAUUGAGUUUGACGAUCGUGCCCGAAAAUUGGGAACAGUUGAAAUGGAUGCGACAAAAAAGACGAACGGCACUACACAGAUUGAAACGAUCAAGACUGAGGAUGAUGAUGCAGAUGUUGAUAUUGACGAUAUCUAG